CAUCAACCAGACACAUUUGCGGGAUCUCCUAUCCGAUGAGAGCCGUUGUGCCUCCUUCAUCAAGGAAUUCAACGGAACCGUUGUCGACUUCUCACGCCAGAGAGUCACAGAGGAGACCAUGUCCUUGCUCCUGAACUUGGCAAAGGAGGCAGAAGUGGAAGAGAAGAUCAGGCAGAUGUUUGCAGGAGAGCAUAUAAAUCAAACAGAGAAUCGAGCAGUUUUGCAUGUGGCGCUGCGGGCUCCGAAAGAUGAGGUCAUUACGUUUGACGGGAAGAAUGUCGUGCCAGAUGUGCAUCAGGUGCUGGAGAAGAUCAAGGUUUUCUCUGACAAAGUCCGAAGUGGAGAAUGGGUUGGAGCAACAGGCAAGCCGCUGACGGAUGUGGUUUGCAUUGGGAUAGGAGGUAGCUUCCUGGGCCCGCUAUUUGUGCACACUGCGCUCCAGACGGAACCGAAGAGCGCUGAAGCUGCAGGAAAUCGCCAACUGAGAUUCCUGUCAAAUGUUGAUCCUGUCGAUAUUUCUCUCAAUCUUGAUGGGCUUCAACCGGAGACAACACUGGUGGUGGUCGUGUCGAAGACUUUCACAACCGCAGAGACAAUGUUGAAUGCUCGAACUGUUCGCAGCUGGAUCAUCUCAUCACUUGGGGAAUCGGCAGUUGCCAAGCAUAUGGUCGCAGUGAGUACUAACUUGAAGCUGGUGGGUGAGUUUGGAAUCAACACAGAUAAUGCUUUCGGUUUCUGGGACUGGGUGGGAGGGCGAUACAGUGUGUGCAGCGCUGUUGGAGUGCUCCCACUGGCUCUGCAAUACGGUUUUGAAAAUGUCUCUCAGUUUCUUCAGGGGGCAUGGGACAUGGACACGUGUUUCCGCGAUGCUCCAUUUGAUGAAAAUAUUCCAGUUCUCCUUGGCCUCAUCACCACCUGGAAUGCGACCUUCCUUGGUUUCAGCUCGAGGGCCAUUCUUCCGUACUGCCAAGCUCUUUCAAAGCUUGCUCCCCACAUCCAGCAGGUGAGCAUGGAGAGCAAUGGCAAGGGUGUUACGAUCGAGGGCCUCCCCAUACCUUAUCCCACUGGUCAGAUCGACUUUGGGGAGCCUGGAACAAAUGGGCAGCACAGCUUUUACCAGCUGAUUCAUCAGGGGCGAGUUGUUCCGUGCGACUUCAUCGGAGUGAUCAAGAGCCAACACCCUGUCUACCUCAAAGGUGAGAUGGUGAGCAAUCACGAUGAGCUGAUGUGCAAUUUCUUCGCGCAGGCCGAUGCUCUGGCAAAUGGCAAGACAAGGGAGGAGCUUCUGACUGAGGGGGUGUCAGAGGCAUUGGUUCCACACAAGACCUUCACUGGCAAUCGUCCAUCGUCGAGCAUCUUGCUUCCAGCGCUAACGCCAUACACAGUUGGUCAGCUGCUGUCCAUGUACGAGCAUCAGGUGGCUGUGCAAGGCUUCAUCCUUGGCGUCAACAGCUUCGACCAGUGGGGAGUGGAGCUUGGAAAGGUUCUGGCCCUGAAAGUCCGAAAGCAGGUCAGCAAGUCUAGGACCGAAGGUGGCAAGGUUACGGACUUCAAUUAUUCGACGAAUUAUCUUCUCAACCGCUAUUUACAGGAAAAGGAGGAAAAUACUGAGACGUUCGGAUGAAAAUAUAUAGAGCAAUGGUUAGGUACAGUGGGUGCACAACCGGCAAGGGUCAUCAGAUGGGUGAGACCAUUCUGUGAAGUUCUGUCCACAUUCUUGCUCAAGCACGGACACACACAUUAGCACAGAGCCUGCCGUAAACAGACACCCAAAAGAAAUUAGAAUUACAUCAGAAGGGGCGAGAGCCUUCUGAGGAUGCUCGAAAGACCGUCACACAAUGCAGAGUUUGCGACCCAGCUGUGACAAUGAAAGCCAAGGAAUGCACAGCAGGUGCGUGAAAGACAGUCACACAAUGCAGAGUUUGCGAUCCAGGUGUGACAAUGAAAGCCACGGAAUGCACGGCAGGUGCGUGUACACGCACGUGCGGUGGAAGGUGUUCAGUACUGAGAAAUAGAAAAUAUAUAGUGGUACAUGUUACACUAGAAAUCUGGUAUCCGGCGCUACUCACAGGUUAGUCUCACUUGCUUUUUUUGCUCUUGGUUCUAGUACUGAUGUAUCAUAUUUAUUAUAGCCAACUUCAACAAAAAUAUCGUCUCAAUUCUUUUGUGAUCUAUCCGGUAGAAAAAAUUGAAACUCACUCUUAGACUCCAUUUCAGUUAGGCAUGCUGCUCCACAGUCUAGGUUGUGAAAGGUCAUCCCAGAUGUUGUCGUAGCAGGGGGCAUGGAGGGGGGAAAGGUGUGUGUGUGUGUGUGUGUGUGUGUGUGUGUGUGUGUGUGUGGAGGGGAGUGUGUGUGUGUGUGUGUGGAGGUGUGUGUGUGUGUGUGUGUGUGUGUGUGUGUGUGUGUCACAGAAGAAAUUUAGAAAUUCUUAACCGCAAAGCAUAGUGAGACACACCCAACCCCAUACUCCGCUAGCCCUUCUCUCCCUUCCAUCCCCACUCCUCUCCUGGCCCCCUCCCCAUCUUCCAGCGGGAUCCCCUUUCUGUACCCCCUGCCUCACCCCCCUUUCUUGCCCUUUCCACCAUCACAGGAGGGACCAGCCUGCGAAAAAUACGAAAGAAAAACAAAGGCUUAACCAGGAU